CUGUUAUCUCAUUAACUAACUCCACUAUCAACAGCACUUGCAGACAUGGCUACACAUUUAACUCUAUCGUCCUCUGUUUUCCUUUCUCCUUUAAAACCCAUUUCUCUUUUUACGAAAAGCCCACCUCUUCUCCACUUGAAAAGACCCUUUUUGAUAACCUAUUCUGUUCAACAAUCAAUAGUAUCACCACCAUCAAUAGCACUGCAAACCUUCUGGCAAUGGCUUAGCGACCAAGGCGCUGUAUCGGCUAAGUCUCCGGCUAAGCCUGGGAUCGUUCCUGAAGGCCUGGGACUAAUAGCAGAGAGAGACAUUUCUAAAAACGAGGUCGUUUUGGAGAUCCCCAAGAAACUCUGGAUAAACCCAGAUGCUGUUGCAGCUUCUGAUAUUGGAAGUGUGUGCAGUGGAUUGAAACCUUGGAUAUCUGUUGCUCUUUUCUUGAUCAGAGAGAAAUUGAAGGAAGAUUCCACAUGGCGACCUUAUUUGGAUAUUCUUCCUGAGAGUACUAAUUCCACUAUAUAUUGGUUAGAAGAGGAGCUUGCUGAGCUUCAAGGAUCCCAACUGUUUCGUACAACAUCUGGUGUAAAAGAAUAUUUGCAGCGGGAGUUUCUAAAAGUGGAAGAAGAUAUCCUCAUCCCUCACAAGGAGCUCUUUCCUUCCCCUAUAACAUUGGAUGACUUCUUUUGGGCAUUUGGGAUUCUUAGAUCAAGGGCAUUUGCUCGUCUUCGUGGGCAAAAUCUUGUUUUGAUUCCCCUUGCUGACUUGAUCAACCACAGCCCUGAUAUAACAACAGAAGAUUAUGCAUAUGAAAUUAAAGGAGGAGGCCUUUUCUCCGGAGAUCUUCGAUUUUCUUUGCGGUCACCCAUUUCAGUCAAGGCUGGUGAGCAGGUCCUGAUCCAAUAUGAUUUAAACAAGACCAAUGCCGAGUUAGCUCUGGACCAUGGCUUCAUAGAAACAAACUCUGUCCGCAAUACUUACACUUUGACACUUCAAAUAUCCGAGUCAGACCCAUUUUUUGAUGACAAGCUGGACGUUGCUGAAACAAAUGGUCUGGGUCAGACUGCAGAUUUUGACAUUGUUAUGGGCAAUCCUCUUCCACCAGCAAUGCUUCCAUAUCUGCGACUGGUAGCACUAGGGGGUACCGAUGCUUUCCUCUUGGAAUCUCUUUUCAGAAACACCAUCUGGGGCCACCUUGAAUUGCCAGUAAGUCGUGCCAAUGAGGAGCUCAUAUGCCGAGUGGUCCGAGAUGCUUGUAAAUCUGCUCUUUCUGGAUAUCAUACUACGAUUGAAGAGGAUGAGAAGUUAGAAGAGGAAGCAGAACUUAACCCAAGGCUUAAGAUUGCAGUGGGAAUAAGAGCAGGGGAAAAGAAGGUGCUGCAUCAAAUUGAUGAGAUCUUCAAGCAGAGGGAGUCUGAAUUGGAUGUGCUAGAAUAUUACCAAGAAAGAAGGCUUAAAGAACUUGGUUUAGUUGGGGAACAAGGUGAUAUUAUCUUCUGGGAGUCCAAAUAGGGAGCUGCAUCAAAUAUCAAACAAGCUAUUAAAGAUAAUUUGCUUCAAGGAACAGCCAAUUCUGGAUUCGUUGGAAGAGACUAAAUACAUCUCCGAUAACACCUCCAAUCAUGUAAGAGAUUUUUGUAUCAUAGUAUUUUGCUACCUUCAGAUUCAAGUUUUUAGGCUGAAGCACUGGGCUAUAUGUUCUUACAAACAGUUAUUGUAGCAUCGGUAGACGACAGUAGCCAUUUAGUUCUGUAAUUCAGCAUAAUAUAAUAAAAAAUGUCGGGGUAUCAGUUAUACUGAAAAUGUAUUUGAUUAUAUUA